AUGGAAGAGCACCAUGCCGCUUUCGACAGGUUCAAGCCUGCAGCAAAACUGACUCUGAUGCGAUAUUUCCAGGACCUGCAACAGGCUGAGAUUCCACCGAGCCCCGUCGCCCCACGCUAUCACACCGGGCGUCUGCCGAACAGCAAGGCCGGAGAUGGAAAACCACGAUUGUUGUUGAUGGGUCAGCGACGGAGUGGCAAGUCGUCGAUAUCGAGUGUGGUCUUCCACAAGCUCCCACCGAGUGAGACGCUUUACCUUGAGACUACCACCCGUAUCAAGAAAGAGUCUAUGCACUCUUUCAUGGAUUUCCAAGUCUGGGAUUUCCCUGGCCAUCUGGAUUAUUUUGAUCCCGCCUUCGACGUGGACAACAUCUUCGACGAGAUCGGUGCGCUGAUCUGGGUCAUUGAUGCUCAAGACGAAUAUUUGGAUGCCAUUACGCGCCUGAACACCACAAUUCUUAACUUGCAGCACUCAUAUCCGAACAUCAACGUGGAAGUCUUCGUGCACAAAGUCGACGGCCUGUCCGAGGACUACAAAAGCGACACCUACCGUGACAUUAUUCAGCGUGUGCAAGAUGAGUUGUCCGACGCAGGUUACGAAAAUGCACCAGUGAGCUUCUAUCAGACGAGCAUCUACGAUCACAGCAUUUUCGAAGCUUUCAGCAAAGUCAUUCAAAAGUUGAUUCCACAGCUACCGACUCUCGAGAGCUUGCUCAACAGCCUGUGCAGCACUUGCCGCAUUGAAAAGGCAUACCUUUUUGAUGUUCUCAGCAAGAUUUACAUUGCUACCGACACUAGCCCUACGGACAUUGGCAGCUACGAGAUCUGUUCUGACUACAUUGACGUCGUUGUCGAUGUGAGCGAAAUCUACGGCUGGGAUCGACCGGACGAAGACGGAGACACGGAGAAUGGCGACAUCGCCGAGACGGGAAAUAAUGAUGCUGAGAGCCUGAUCACGAUGGAGCGCAAGGGCAACAAUUACCUUUAUCUGCGCGAGAUUAACAAGUAUCUGGCUCUGAUCUGUCUCAUGGGAGACGAUUCUCCGGCAGAGAAGAAGGUGCUGAUCGACUACAACGUGGGGGUCUUUCAGGAAGCUCUUAGCCAGGUCUUUCCCCGGUGA